GCGAUUUAUGAUUAUCCGAAAGUAGAGCCAUAAUAGUGAUAGUAGUCUUUCUCUAUCACUCUGCGUAAAGUGAUAGAGACUACUAAAGUAGUAAGAGGCGCCUCACAAGUGAGCAUACAAGUGAGUACUUAAAGUAACGUUACGAAGUGUAGCUACAUGUGAGCGUACUCGCGGACAGAGUUAUAACCGCGGCGCUUAGUACUGCCUCCCUCGUUUGUUACCAUGGUGAUGUACUAGUGUGCAGCCAGUGCUGCUGCGGACUUUUCUCCUCGGACCUUUGACAUAUAUAAAAGCCUCGGACCGACACACAGAAGAGACUUCCUAAGGAUUUGGUGUAACGUUAGGUUAUGACAGGUGUAUGAUAAGUAGAUAUAUAGCGCCGUGGAGACCUGGCAUUGUAUGGUCUAGCUACAUUGUAGAACAAAGUAUCAGCUACGUUAUCGUUAGCUAAUAGCUAAUCGGUUAUCUCGGAGCUCCGGCUAACUGUUAGCUAGCUAGCUCUCUCCACCUGCAGCACCAGACGCGUUACGUGUGCACGAGCUGACUGGGCGCAUUCACUGCACAAACAGUUAAGAACUCAGGAGGUGAAAUGGCGCAGAAAGGACUUGAGCUGGACCGAGAAACUUUCUCUUGUUCCAUCUGUCUGGAUCUACUGAAGGAUCCAGUGACUACUCCCUGCGGACACAGCUACUGCAUGAGCUGUAUUAAAAGCCACUGGGAUGUAGAGGAUCUUAAGAAAACCCACAGCUGUCCUCAGUGCAGACAGCGCUUCACACCGAGGCCUGUCCUGCUGAAAAACACCAUGUUGGCAGUUUUAGUGGAGGAGCUGAAGAAGACUGGACUCCAAGCUGCUCCUGCUGAUCACUGCUAUGCUGGAGCUGGAGACGUGGCCUGUGAUAUCUGCUCUGGGAGAAAACUGAAAGCACACAAGUCCUGUCUGAUCUGUCUGGUCUCUUACUGCGAGAAACACCUCCAGCCUCAUUAUGAUGUCGCUCCAUUAAAGAAACACAAGCUGGUGGAGCCGUCCAAGAAUCUCCAGGUGAACGUCUGCUCUCGUCACGAUGAGGUGAUGAAGAUGUUCUGCCGUACUGAUCGGCAGCUUAUCUGUUAUCUCUGCUCUGUGGAGGAACAUAAAGGCCACGACACAGUCUCAGCUGCAGCAGAGAGAGCUGAGAGGCAGAGAGAGCUCGAGGGGAGUCGACAAAACAUCCAGCAGAGAAUCCAGGACAGAGAGAAAGAUGUGAAGCUGCUUCAACAGCAGGCGGAGGCCAUCAGUCUCUCUGCUGAUAAAGCAGUGGAGGACAGCGAGAAGAUCUUCACCGAGCUGAUCCGUCUCCUGGAGAAAAGAAGCUCUGAUGUGAAGCAGCAGGUCAGAUCCCAGCAGAAAAGAGAAGAGAGUCGAGUCAGAGAGCUUCAGGAGAAGCUGGAGCAGGAGAUCACUGAGCUGAAGAGGAAAGACGCUGAGCUGAAGAAGCUCUCGCACACAGAGGAUCACACCCAGUUUCUACACAACUACCCCUCACUGUCUCCUCUCAGCCAAUCAGCAUCCAGCAUCCAUAUCUGUCCUCUGAGCUGCUUUGAGGACGUGACAGCAGCCGUGUCCGAAGUCAGAGAAAAACUACAGGACGUCCUGAGAGAGAAGAGGACAAACGUCUCACUGACAGGGACUGAAGUGGACGUGUUGCUGCCACCACCAGAACCAGAACCAGAGCCUAAGACUAGAGCUGGGUUCUUAAAAUAUUCACGUAAAAUCGCACUGGAUCCAAACACAGCACACACAAUGCUGUUAUUAUCUGAGGGGAACAGAAAGGCAACAUUCAUGUACCAUCAACAGUCUUAUCCUAGUCACCCAGACAGAUUCACUGACUGGUCUCAGGUCCUGAGCAGAGAGAGUCUGACUGGACGACGUUACUGGGAGGUGAAGAGGAGAGGAGGAGGAGUUUCUGUAGCAGUCGCAUACAAGAACGUCAGCAGAACUGGCGCGUCGAAUGAAUCUGUAUUCGGACGAAAUGACAAAUCUUGGGCGUUGGAUUGUUUCCAGAACGGUUCUACAUUUUGGUGCGACAAAGUCCACACUCCCGUCUCGGGUCCUGUGUCCUCCAGAGUAGGAGUGUACCUGGAUCACAGUGCAGGUAUUCUGUCCUUCUACAGCGUCUCGGACUCCAUGACUCUCCUCCACAGAGUCCCGACCACGUUCACUCAGCCGCUCUACGCCGGACUUCGGUUUUAUGACUGCUUUCCUUUCUCUUCUCCUGGAGCCACUGCUGAGCUGUGUAAACUGAAAUAGACAGAAGUCAUUUAAGUGAUUGAACAACUUUAUUUUAUCUCCACGCUUGUUGCCGAGAGCAGAUUGUCGUGGCGUUUCUUCACCGCACAGAGAUCAGCGGUCCAGCAAACAUUACGGGCUGUACUACGAGUAUGUCCCGGUUCCUUAAAUUGCAUCCACGUUAUCUUCACUUGCUUCCCUUCCUCCCGUCUUAGCCCGCCCCACCAAGGAAGCAUGGGAGAGACGCGAGGAGAGAGGAAAACAAAGUGACGUGUUUUCCUCCUGAAGCGUCACGUGAAUACGUCAGCUGUAUGGGCGGAGUUGGCAAUGGCUUUCAGCUUCUGGGAAGGCUGCUCUUGUAUUUCCUCGCUCCUCCAUCCUCGGCAGUCCUAAGAGCUUUGAGACGGGAGGGGCCAGAAGGAAUUGCAGUUCGAGGAGAUAUCAAAUAAGAGACUCGAGAAGCAGACAGCGUACCUCCAGAUGUGCAAAUGUUUGAGUUUCACUCUUGCCGGGAGCAGGCGGAGAUUAGAAGGGCUGAUUUUAAAUGAGGAAUGAGGAGUAGGGUGUAGGAGUCAGGAGACAGUGUGAGGGCAUCUGGUGGACGGAUGGGAAAUGACAAGUCUGAAGAGUUGCUAUGAGAAUGCAUGUUGUACUGACUGCUACUUAUAAU